GGUCUCCACUCCUAUACUAUUGUCUUCUUGCAAAGUGAGACCAUUUGGGAAGAAGAACACCACAAACAAAUCUAAGGCUAGGAAUCAUAUUCAUAUUCACUAAAAUUCCCACCAAUACUAAUCAAGAUAACCCCAUCCCUAUUCCCCAUACAUACCUCACCAAUUCCCUCCAAAAUCCUGUCCAGUCUGAGCCCUCUGCUGCAAAUUGCAAUGGGCUGCACCUCUUCCAAGAGAAUUGAGGUCGCCGUCGACGUCUACCGCCCAGCACCCUCCAGCUUCUCCGUGUUCGACAUCCAUGCCAUUGAAGAGCCGUGGCUGAAGGCCGGCGACGCUUCUGACGAUUUACAUGAUGAGAAGACCUCACACAUGCCACCCCCCAUUCUCGAGAAGCUUAAAGCCAUUGAAGAUGCCCCUCGCUCGUGGGACGAAGUCAGCAAGGCUUUGGAGGACCUAAAACCCAAGCUCAACGCCGUCCCCGCCCUUCCGGCGCCGGAUUCCAACCUAAAACAAGCUUCCGCCACGCAGUCAGAGAAAGAUAGUGCAGCCGGCAAACCGAAGACGCCGGAGAAGAGCUUCUCUUUCCACACACUUGAAGAGCUCGAAGCUAAAAUCUCCUCCAAACCCACCGACAAAAAACGGGUCGAGCCGUCGCCAAAACCCGAGUUGAAGAGAUUCCACUCGACCAACACCCAGCCGGCAACCGAGAUUCCCAAGAACGGCGACGUGCCCAAGUCGCUGAAAGACAACAUAUUCAUCGUGAGAGACAGAUUAGAGCGAGAAAAGGAAGGAAAAGCCGCGGGGUUCGUGAAGCGCGACCCACUCAGCGACUUCGAGGAGAUCUGCCCGCCGGGAGGCGACGACAAGGUGGUGGUCUACACAACAUCACUGGGCGGAGUGCGGCGCACGUACGAGGAUUGCAACCGGGUGCGGCAACUGCUGGAGACGCAUCAAGUGGUGUUCGACGAGCGGGACGUGGCGCUGGACGGCGGGUUCUUGAGCGAGUUGCGGGAGUUGGUGGGUGAAGGGGCGGCGGUGCCAAGGGUGUUCGUGAAGGGGAGGUAUAUAGGGGGGGUGGGGAGGGGAAUGGGGAGGUUGGGGGUGGGGGGGUGUGGGGGGGCGAGGUUUGUGCCGUGUAUGGAGUGCGGGGGAAGCUGUAAGGUGGUGGUGGGGGAGAAGAAAGAGAGGUGUGGAGUGUGUAAUGAGAACGGUUUGGUGCAAUGUCCUGUUUGUGCUUGAACAAGAUAUGAUACGACGUUGUUUGUAGUUUUGGUAUCUGUACUUAGGAAGAAAGGAAUAAGUGGGAAAGAAUCAUUACAUGACUUCUACAUAUGUACAAGACAGAAAUGUACACUAUGAUUCUAGCAAAUAGCAAUGGUUUUGUUUAGGAUUUCUUGUGCUUUA